UUCAGUUCAUUUAUAGCUCAAUGAGAGUAGUUUUUCCAGUAGAUUUGGAUCUGGGGACGGAAUCGUUGCAUGGCAAAUCACCGGGACGUGUGGCAUCGGUGAAGAGAGGUGACAACCCAGUGACCAGACAGCGAGGGCUGUGCAAGAUGAAGGUGUUUCUGUCUCUGCUGUUGGCUGCUGUCACUUGCAUGGAUUUGGGACACUCCUUGCAAUGUUACACGUGCAAGGAAUUGACCCCAGUUCAGGAGUGCUUGAAAAUUGAGAACUGCACAGAAAAAGAGACCAUAUGCAAGACUACAAUCUAUUCCCUGGAAGAUGUUUAUCCCCACACGGGAGUCUCGACUGUCACCAAGAUGUGCUCCUCUGUCUGCGAGCCCUCUGAUGUGGAUGGCAUCGGGAUGACACAUCCUGUCACCUGCUGUUUCUCUGACCUGUGCAACGUCGAUGAUGCAGCAUCGACAUUGGGGGUCAGCGUUGUGCCAGUUGGGAUCCUGACAAGUUCCCUCUGUGCCUUUUUCUGGACUAGACUGUGAGGGGAUGAUGGGAGUCAUUCAUUCCAAAAAUUCCAUGAAGAAAAUAACCCCCCACCAGCCCAGCUUUCCAAGUGGAUGCCUCAUGAACAACACUCAACAGCUCCCCAAAAUUGUU